CUGUAACCUAGCUUUUCCUCGCAGUCCAAGAGUGACUCAUUCGCUUCCUUCAUAGCCGCCCCUAAAUCCCGCGGUCUUGCUCUCCCCCCGUCUAUAUAUGCUCCUCUUCCGUCGCACCCUCUCCUCGCUGAGCCCCAAGCACGAGCUUCUGUCGAGUUUCCGCCCCGCCCUCGUGAGAUCCUUCAGCAUUUUCCCCGCUAUGGCCGCCGCGCGUGAGCAACCGCCGUGGAAGCAACCCUCUCCCAGCCCCGAGUCGGCCUCAAAGCUGCCACCGUUGAAGCUAUGGAACUCGUUGACUCGAUCCAAGGUCCCGUUCGUUCCCCUCGAUCCCACCGGCAACAAGGUAACGUGGUAUGCUUGCGGGCCGACGGUAUACGAUGACGCCCACCUGGGACAUGCGCGCAACUAUGUGAGCACAGACAUACUUCGAAGACUGUUGCGUGAUUACUUCAAGUUCGACGUUAAGUUUAUUAUGAAUAUUACCGAUGUGGACGACAAGAUUAUCACAAGAGCCAGACAGCAGCAUUUGUUUAUGGAAUAUGUCACUUCCCAUCCUACCAUCGAUGAUUCCGUCGUCGAAACUAUCACAUCCGCCUACGAGAGCUACGUGAGAAAGAACCUGCCCUUGCUGGAGCACGUCCCGACACCGAAAGCGUUCCCUGAGGCGGUUGAAAUCAAAUAUGGAUUUGUGCUGAACGGUGGAGCUCUCGGUGGAACUGGCAAGCCGGGAGAUGCGGAAGCUAAGAUCAAGAUGCACAUAAGGACCGCGACUUCGGCAGCCAAGGCACUAUCCGAUAUCAUUUCUGAUCCGAAUGCAAUUCUAAGCGAGACAUUCUAUGACUUAGCGCAAGACGUUGUGCUGCCAUAUCUGGACAACCUAAAAGGACCGUCUAUUCGCGGCGAGGAUUACUCGAUAUUUACACAGCUAAGCCAAAGGUUUGAGGACCGGUUCAUGGAGGAUGCUCGAGCUUUAAAUAUCCUGGAUGCGGAUGAAGUCACCAGAGUAACCGAAUUCAUCCCCGAGAUCGUCAGUUUCGUGGAACAAAUAGUCCAACACGGAUUUGCCUAUGCCACUGCCGACGGAUCCGUCUACUUCGAUAUUGCUGCAUUCGAAGCCGCGGGGAAUCAGUAUGCCCGCCUGGAACCAUGGAAUAGGAAUGAUACUGCACUCCAGGCUGACGGAGAAGGUGCUUUAAUCAACAAAACAGUGGAGAAGCGAUCGAAAGCAGAUUUUGCCCUCUGGAAGGCAUCCAAGGCUGGCGAACCGAGUUGGCCAAGCCCUUGGGGACUAGGUCGUCCCGGAUGGCAUAUAGAGUGCUCUGCUAUGGCAUCUGCCAGACUUGGAAAACAGAUGGAUAUUCACUCCGGUGGCAUUGACUUGGCAUUUCCUCACCACGACAAUGAGUUGGCGCAGAGUGAGGCUUACUGGCACAAAGGAUGUAGUCACGAUCAGUGGGUUAACUACUUCCUUCACAUGGGCCACCUGUCCAUUCAAGGUUCCAAAAUGUCGAAAUCUCUCAAGAACUUCACCACCAUUCGCGAGGCCCUCGAAAGGGGAGACUGGACUCCCAGAAGUCUUCGCAUUGUGUUUUUAAUGGGAAAUUGGGCAGACGGAAUUGAGAUCACAGAGGACCUCGUAAAGGCAGGAAAUGCUUGGGAGGAGAAGUUGAAUAAUUUCUUCCUCAGCGUAAGAAACUUGGCGGCCGAGAACGAGCUAUCAUCGUCAACAGACGACGCUUUGGCGCUUCAAUUGAAAUCUGCGCAGAAAGCCGUGCAUGACAGCUUGUGCGACUCGUUUAACACUGCUGGCGCCAUGAUAGCAAUUUCGGGGCUUGUUACGCAGUAUAACAGCGCCGAUAAGUCAAAACUAAAUGCUCAAGACGUCCAAGACGUUGCUAAAUGGGUUACUAGCAUGGUUAAUAUAUUUGGUCUAAACGGCUCGGCUACGCCAGCUUCAGAAGAGAUCGGUUGGUCUGGUAUUGAAGUUCCAGAAGCCGCCAAAGCUUUCCUUUAUCCUUUGUCAGCCAUGAGAGACGUUCUUCGGGAGAAAGCUCGAAGCAAAUCCGGCUUCUCCGUGGACACUAUCAAGUCAGUUGCGCGGACGGGACAAGAAGCUUUGAAGCAGAAUCCAAACCCUUCCGAGGAGGCCAAGCCAUACGAGAGGGUGCUAAGCGAUUUUUGCACCAAACUCGAAUCAUUUGAACAGACAGACACCGUCUCUAAAGAAAUUUUGGCUCUGUGCGAUCGUUUGCGGGAUGUCGAUCUUUUUGAUCUUGGAGUAUAUCUUGAGGAUAGACAUGAGAAGCCAGCGCUCGUUCGAACGGUCUCGAGAGAGCUAAUGGCAGCGAGGGAGGAGAAAGUGGCCCGCGCAAGAAAGAAGCAGUUAGAGAGAGAGGCUAGAGAGAAAGAAGCUAGAGAAAGGGCGGAGAGGGGUAGACUUAGCCAUUUGCUUAUGUUCCGGACAAACGAAUAUAGCGCGUGGGAUGAAAAUGGCAUCCCGCUCAAGGAUGCUGCAGGAGAGGAUCUGAAUAAGAACAGAUAUAAGAAGCUGAAAAAGGAGUGGGAGAGGCAGAAGAGGGAACAUGAAGCCUGGUUAGCCAAGCAACCAGGCUUGUAGAGUAUGCACCCUUCACCGACGUCUGAGG